AUGCAGUCUCCGGGCAACGGCAUUGGUAGGGGCAGCGGCGAUGAAAACAGUUUUUACGAUUCCUUUAAUAAUUUGAACCAGCCAACGAAACAUCUCCAAAAUCAGCAACAGCAGCAUCAACACCGCAAAUCAGCCGAUCUUACGCUGCGCAGGCGCCAGAACCGCGACGCGGCAGCCCGACACCGCCAAAGACAAAACAACAAACUCGAUCAUCUUGCGCACAAAGAGGCAGUGCUGAGCCAACAAGUGUCGGAGAUGCAGCUUGAGAUUGAGUUACUGCGAAACAGUCAAGCAGGCUUGACGUUGCCUACACGAGAUCCUUUUACUGCGUGCAUCAAGGCAAUGCUCGACCAGCUUCAAAAUUUGGCAAGCUCGUUGACUCAAAACAAAGACAGAAAUGGAGAUGGAGAAGGAGGACAACGGCUUUUGCACAAGGACCAAAGGUGA